UGUCAAAUCUGAAAAGACUUCCCAAAAGACUGGCAUACACCUUCUCCUAAACCCUGACCACACUUGGUACACCAGAACAUUUACAGCCCAUUCAUAGCUAACCUACCAAAAUCAUGAGUAGUAAGCCCAGACCACUUAUUUGUUUUAUUUUCAAGUAGAAACAAAUAAAACGUCACUAUCUUUUGAAGUCCACAUCAAGGAUCUUACUUCCGGUGUUUCAUUCAUCCUCUUCUUUCUUGGAGCUAAACCCAAAUCUUAUUUAUGCUGCACUCACCACGCAUCAAAAUUCAAAGGCAUGCCAAUUGCCAAGAUCAAUAUCUUCCGCAGUCCAAACAUCUCGUAGGAACUAGCAUCAUUGAGUUAGGUAAAUCCUGCUUCUAACUAGAAACUCCAAUGGAAAAGUCCAUCAAGUAGGAACUAGGAACGUCAGUUCUAACUAGACACUCCAAUGGAAAAUGUUAGCAAUAUCUUCCACAAUGACCUACUCCCAUCUCUAGGAGCAAGAGCAAACCAGUCUAUCAAGUUGAGGAAAUUCAUCAUUUCUCCUUAUGAUUCCCGUUACAGGACCUGGGAGACGUUCUUGCUUGUGCUUGUUGUUUAUUCAGCAUGGAACUACCCAUUUGAACUAGCAUUUCUGAGGCAUAUGUCAUGGAAACUUUUCCUGGUUGAGAACAUUGUCAACAGUUUCUUUGCAAUUGAUAUUGUUCUCACCUUUUUUCUAGCCUAUCUUGAUCGCAAGUCUUAUCUUCUAGUGGAUAAUCCAAAACAGAUAGCAGCUAGAUAUCUCUCUUCAUGGUUCAUUUUUGACGUUUGCUCAACUAUUCCAUAUCAACCAUUUGGGCUACUAUUUAACAAGCAUGGAAAUGGCCUUACUUAUAGGAUACUUAACAUGCUUCGAUUAUGGCGUCUUCGGCGCCUCAGUGCUUUAUUUGCCAGGCUUGAAAAGGAUAUCCGAUUAAACUACUACUGGAUAAGGUGCACCAAACUAAUUUCUGUUACUCUUUUUGCAGCACAUUGUUCAGGAUGUUUCAUUUACUUAAUAGCUGAUAGAUACCCUGAUCCAACAAGAACCUGGAUAGGAGCAGCAAUACCAAACUACAGAUCAGAGAGUCUAUGGGUUAGAUAUAUUACAGCAAUUUAUUGGUCCAUUACAACACUCACGACAACUGGUUAUGGGGAUUUACACGCAGAAAAUCCAAGAGAAAUGUCAUUUAGCAUAUGCUUCAUGCUAUUUAACCUGGGAUUGACGGCAUACCUCAUUGGAAACAUGACAAAUCUGGUUGUCCAGGGAAGUUGCCGUACCAGGAAUUUUAGGGAUACCAUCCAUGCAGCCUCUCAGUUUGCUGCAAGAAAUCAGUUACCAGCACAAAUUAGGGAUGAAAUGCUAGCUCAUAUCUGCCUAAGGUAUAAGACAGAGGAGCUGAAACAGAAAGAAACAUUGGAUAGUCUUCCCAAGGCAAUCCGUUCAAGCAUAGCAUGCCACUUAUUCCUCCCUGUCCUAGAAAAGAUACAUCUUUUCCAUGGUGUUUCCUUCACUUGCAUGCUCCAAUUGGUUAACGCAAUGGAAGCAGAGUACUACCCACCAAGAGAAACGGUCAUACUCCAAAAUGAAACACCGACAGAUGUUUACAUAUUAGUCUCAGGAGCAGUGGAAGAACGGAUAAUGAUUGAUGGGACAGAAAAGGUUCAGGAAAUACUAUCUGGUGCUGACAUAUUUGGUGAAAUAGGAGUUCUCUGCAACAUUCCCCAGCCAUCCACUUUCCGCACUUCCAGAGUUUCCCAACUACUAAGGCUGAACACAACAGUGCUCAAAAACAUAAUUCAGGAAAACAAACAUGACAAAGAAAUCAUAAUAAACAAUCUUUAUCAGAAAAUGAACACAGAUCAAAGGCUCUCUACUGAGAUAGCGGACAUAUGUCAAGGGAUGCUCAAUCAACACUCUGGAAAGUACAACAGACGUUCUGCAUUCAAUCAAGUCAAUGAAAACAAUGAAUCAAAAGCAAGAGAAACAGUAACAUUAUGUUGCAGUGGAGAACACCAUAAUGAACACAAUGGAUCAGAUAGACAUGGAGACAUUUGCAAGACUGUCAGUAGAAACAUUUAUUGGCCUGAUAAAGGUGAAGGCAUGGAAGAUCAUAUAUUUACAAAUUGUGUUAUGGACAAAGGAAAGGCCAAUGCACAUCAACAAAUAUUAAACGGCAACAACACAACAGGAGAUAUAGAGGCCCAUGACAGGUUUAAAAACACAUGGCAUGACACAAAAACAAGACAGUCAAGGAUCCCAUGUGAAAUGCUUACAUGCUCAGUUGCUGAAGAACUCCAGGAGAUCACAGAUAUACACACAGAAGGUGGAAUUUGCUCACAUGAUUAUGAUGGUUACAGUAUUCGUCCGGAAACACCACUUCCAGGCUCCAGCUGAUAACCUGUCUUAGAUCAGUAUGCUAAUAUACUUGCCUGCUACAGAAACACUUAAAGGUUAAGCUGUCCAAGUUUUAGUUAUAAUACUCUUGCCUGCUAAAGAAACAUUUAAGGUUAAGCUGUCGAAGUUUUAGUUACAAUUAUUCAACUAAAUCUUACUCCAGUAAGAAUUUAAAGUAGUCCUGCAACUGAGUUUAAGUGGACCCCGUUGCAGGGCCCUAGCCCAGUAAGUAAAGUGAUGUCCAUAAUUCUAAAGGACCAACUUCUGGCCCUAGGUAACACAAGAGUUUUGAUUUCAAUGCUAAGUUGAUGAAUCGAUGCCGCACUGGGUUUGUAUUAGCCCAGUUAGCUAAUAAUGCAACCUUGUAGCAUCUGUCAUUCAUAGUUGAUAUCAUAGUGGAACAUUUUCUGGAUAGAGUUGUGCCCUGGCUUCUUUUGGAGUUCUUCAGUUCUUUUGCCAUCCCAAAAAACAGCAGCAGUUGUACUAAGCAAAUAGCAUGAAAGCCUAAUUAGGCAUAAUUCAAGAUACUAGCACUGGGUACUAUCUAAAUCACACAGAGCAUUCCUUGUUUUAGUUCCAAUAUACUUAUCCUGCAAUUUUUCUGUAGGUCAGAAGUUUGCCGGUUAUUAUCCUACGAAACUGUUAAGUCGAGAUCUUGCUGAAAUCGAUGAUAUUACAGUAAUUCGAGAUGGCGACCAUUUGUUUCUUAUGGAGAUUUGAUUAAGGAAGCUGAAAAUCAUAAACUGUACAAAGAGUAAUGCAUGGGGAUUGGGGAGUGCGGUAGGGCUCGGAUUUGAGAAAGUUGCCAGUUUUAGAUUGAGCAAACAAACUGAGCAACUUGACGAAGUCAUGAAGAAAAUGCCAACCAGGAAUUAAUUGGAGUUCCAGUUUAUUUUAGAAUGUAAAUAUGAAGAAGUGAUGGAAAACGUUUUAAAUCUGCUCUUUUUUUCAUAGAAGUUUUAAAUCUGGUCUACAGACCAAAUGUUUGAGGAGGGAGGCGUCGACUAGAUAAAUCUAGUGAGAGAAUAUCAUCUCUCCUUGAAAAACGAUUACAAGCACUGCAUGUUGGACCUGGUAUUAAUUCUAGCUAGAAGGUUGAUCA